GUAUCUCAGUUCCGAAAUCAAAGAAAACAAGUGAUCUACGAUUCCCGCGAUCUAACCUGCCCUUUUCUACCUUUUUCUUACACUAUUUCAAAUAAAAAUUCCUCAUUUCUUACAAUUAAUUUCCAUGGAUUCCGACAAACCCACUCCUUUCUCCGGUAAUCGGCGGCAACAUCAACCCUAAUUUUUAUCUCCAAAUUCGUCUGUAUUCAUGUAAUUCAACUUCAAUUCCAGCUGUGUCACGUGCUUUAAUUAACUUAAUAAAGAACGAGAAGGUGCUGCUUGAGCUUCCUGAAACAGAUAGUAGAGACAAUGAGGGAAGCAGAUGUGGGUCAACUUGCAGAAUCAAUUUCUGGUUCUCGAUGCACCAGAUCACAUUUACAAGCAGCAGCAGUAUGGACUGUACAAGAUAUGCUUAUUCUUGUGAAUGAAAUUGCUGCUGUUGAAGGGGACUGGCAAAAUUCUCUGUCAACUCAUCAAAAAUGGACCAUUAUAUCAGAAACUUGUACUGCACUGGGAGUAGGAAGGAAUGCAAACCAGUGCCGCAGAAAGUGGCAGUCCUUGCUUGCUGAUUACAAUCUUGUCAAGGAAUGGAAAUUGAACUCUGGGAGUGAUUCUUACUGGUCUCUUGGGUGUGAUAGGAGAAAAGAAGCUGGUCUUCCUUUGGAAUUUGACAAAGACCUGUAUAAAGCUAUGGAGGAUUUCAUGAAGGCAUCAGAUAGAGCAGAUACAGACCCAGAAUGUGAUCCGGAUGCGGGAGAGGUUGAUGUUCUUGAUGCUGAGGAAUCCGGUCCAAAACCCAAAAAGCGAAGGCGUCGGUCAAUCCCUAAAAAACGGUUAUCUGAAGGGAGGAAACAGCCUGUAACAGAGGUAGAGCAUGUGAUUCCAGAGCCUCCUGUUGCUGAAGACAUGGAGCAAAUCCUGGCUGCGAAACUCAUGGAGAACACAGAGCUGAUCCAUGCCAUACUUGCAGGAAAUGUUACUGAAAAUGUUGACGAGGACUUGACCAGUGUAAGAAAUGAGGAGUCCCUGAAGACUGAAAAUGUUAGACGUAAAGCUGACAAGCUUGUUGAGUGCCUCGGAGAUCUUGCCAAAAAUCUGGAACACCUUUGUGGUGCAGUGGAGAAAGGUUAACAAGGGCUGCCCAAUUCAUCUCGGAGAUGGUCGGUAAUUUUUUAUUUUUAUUUAGGUACAUGUAUAGACUAUAUAGAGUACAUUGAGGAUGAAAAGUUUAAAAUAUGAGAUGUUUUGGGAAGUUUGGGAAAGAAGGGGGUAUUUCGAGGAACAACCUCUUAGAUUAGGGUUUUUGUCAAGCCAUGGAAUUUCUUAUCACAAUGAAAAGAAAGGCAUUUAUUUUUUGGCUUUGGAAAUUCAUCAGCCAUCCACAACAUGGGAAUGGCUGAUGGCUUGAUAGCUGAUAGAUUUCAACUAUCAUCAAACUUGGAUAACAACAUAGAAGUAAUAAUAUGUGUGGAUUAUCAUUUUACCAAUGGUUUGUAAGCUAUUUGAUGGUAAAACCUCACAAUUUUUACUAUUGGCAUGGUAAUAUCUCGCCUUAUGGUGCCAUGGCGGGUAAUUAGAAAGGGCAAUCUAAAAGAUUUAUGUAUCUUGUACAAACGAACAAUGUAUAACUAAUUAAGAUAGUAUACAAAUGAACAAUGUCAACUAUUUUAAUUGAAUUGGUUUAAAGUUUUGAGAAUGAGACUUAAUACCUGAUUUAUUUAAACUAAAAGGGAUACAUAAAUACAAUAUGUUUUGAUUAGUAAUCUGCCAAAUCAAUCAAGGAAUGAUAAAAAUUAAAAAUCAAGAAAAGAAAUUAAGCAAAAAUAUAAAUA